CAUUGAUUGCUUUACUAAUCUAAAAGCCUAACGACUUAAUUGAAAGCUCCUUUUGUUGUGGCAGAUUUCUUUCUUAGCUACUAAUGAAAAGGCCACGUUAUAUGCAUAUAUAAAUUUAUGUAUAUGUAUAAGUGAUAAUCGUGGCACACGCCAGUGCUCAAUGUUGUUUGUGGUUGGACAACAAAUCCACUUUAAACUCAAUCAUAAGGUCUGCGGCGUCAGUUAAAUCAUGUUGCGCACUUUCACCGCGAAAACAAAAUAAAAAAUGAUAAGAAUCUGGAGUAUAAGCCAUAAGGGCGCCAAAAGUGAAUGAAUCUUUAGGCCUGGGAUGAACAUGUUAAUUGGUGUAGCAUACGCUGACGAAUGAACCGUUAAAUAUGAAACUAGAGCAGUGGCACAAUCUCGAGCGCAUUACACGCCGCCCCAUGAUUAGCACCUUUCAACGAGGCUGCGGACGUUCUAGAUACAGUAGCUGAUAGAUACAUUUCUCUUGCAUUAGCACCCAGAUACAGAUGCGCAUAUACAUACAUGUGUUGUUGAUGAUAGAUUUUGUGGCGCAACGCUGAAGGUUCUGGGUUUAGUUGACGUACGAACUCCCAGCUAAACGGCAGCAAUUUCAAUUGUUAGCGAAAUCCUAAGGAUAUAAACGGAUAAUGUGGCGCGCGUAUACGAACAUGUCGAACGAAAAGCCGCAACCAAGAAAAUGCUGGACAAGCAUAUGGACUUUAAUCCUACUGUUCCUGCUGUUCGUGUUUGCUCUGACGGCUGUGGCGAUGCUGGAAGCGCAACGUGAAGAAAGUUCGCAGCAGCAGCAAGGCAACACUUUCAUUGUGAGUCGUCUGUGGUCGCACUUCAAAACGCCGGUGAUGAAUGAAACGGGUGAAGAGCUUGUUGCCACCGUAGAGCGCAUAGCUAGAGAGGCAACAAAUGCUAGUCAGGCGCGCAGCAACAACUACUACGAGGAACAGCGCGCUGUGGUCGUCAAUGCGGAGAGCCAGCCGUUGGCGCCGCGUCAAGAUGCAUUUGGUCCGCCGAGCAGGCGAGAUCGAGCUCUUAUGAAGAGCCUUACUAUGAUGGCAGCGAAACAGACGAUUACGGUGCGCAGCAGUCGGCGGAGCAAGAGUAUGGAUCGAACUCCGCUGAAGCAGGUCGUGCAGCUCAGGCGCGUCCCUACAACUCCUACUACCAGCAAUGGCAGUACGGCAGUGCCACGCCCACGCCCAUGCCGGAUAGCAAACGCAAAGCUGCCCGCUAGCAAUGUCAAUCGGGCACCUUACCCCGCUUAUGACGAAGUCUAUGACUAUCCCAUGGGCUUUCAGCCAGUGCGUCCACAGGCAGCGGCGCCUGCUAUCCAGUCCAAGCAAGCUGUAGCUACCGUACCAGAGUCAUCGGAGAACACGCUGUUAACCAUUUUGAAGCUCAAGCAGGUAUGGGAUCUCUAUAAGGCUAUAACUAGAGCCUGGAAUGCUGUUGCUGAGCGUCAUCAGCAGAGCGCUGAGCAGCUAAAGAGAGAGCAGCAGGAGAAGCAGCGUCUGCGCCAGCAGCAGCAAUUGCAGCAAAAGGAUAAGUCAAAGAACAACGCCAAGAAACCACAACAACGUAAUCCCUCCAAGAAACCCAAGCCAAGCAGCACUACCAGCUCGCCCAGCAGCAGCAGCAGCAGCAGCAGUGAAAGCAGCAGCACUUCCAGCACGACCGAGCCAGCAAAAGUUGUGACUGCCACGUCAGACAAGGUGGAGACUAGUAAGGGCGCCAAAGGAGAUGCUGCUGGUCAGACUGCAGUGCGUGGUCUGCGUCAGAAACGUGAACCGGCCAGCGAUAGCACAGAUGUGGGUGAAGGACGCUAUAUUAAAGGUGAUCCGCUCAAGGGCUACUAUGAUUUUGUCAUCACGGAGGGCUCCUAUAAGUUCUGGGCCGCCUUUCAGGUGGGCACUGCGCUUUUAAUCAUCUACUCUACCUUUGCGGCCAUUUACUACUCCAAGGUGAAUCCAUUGACCAGCGACUACGAUUAUCAGGACUAUUUGGGCGCUGGGCGUUCCAUGACUGGCGGAGAUGCGGACUUUGUGGAUGAUGGCGAUGCCAGCACUGACACCAAGCCUGCUUCUCGCGUUAUGGACUGGUUGCCACGCACAGCGCAUUCGCUUAAAUUCAUACUGGAUGCUAUUGAUAAGCUGCCCCUUGGAUCACGAUCAAAAGGGCAGAGUCUGGCUGGUCGACGGGGAGCACGGAUACAGCAACAUCCGAAGAAGCAACAGGGGCUAUGAAAUAGGAAUACUUUUAUAUUAUUAUGAAAAUA